AUGUUCCUGGCGACCUUGUACUUCGCGCUGCCGCUCCUGGACGUGCUCCUGUCGGCCGAGGUGAGCGGCGGGGACCGCCUGGACUGUGUGAAAGCCAGCGACCAGUGCCUGAAAGAGCAGAGCUGCAGCACCAAGUACCGCACGCUGAGGCAGUGCGUGGCGGGCAAGGAGACCAACUUCAGCCUGACGUCCGGCCUGGAGGCCAAGAACGAGUGCCGCAGUGCCAUGGAGGCCCUCAAGCAGAAGUCUCUCUACAACUGCCGCUGCAAGCGGGGUAUGAAGAAGGAGAAGAACUGCCUGCGCAUCUACUGGAGCAUGUACCAGAGCCUGCAGGGAAAUGAUCUGCUUGAAGAUUCCCCUUAUGAACCAGUUAACAGCAGAUUGUCCGAUAUAUUCCGGGUGGUCCCAUUCAUACCAGAUAUUUUCCAGCAAGUGGAGCACGUGCCCAAAGGGAACAACUGCCUGGACGCUGCCAAGGCCUGUAACCUCGACGACACCUGUAAGAAGUACAGGUCGGCGUACAUCACCCCCUGCACCACCAGCAUGUCCAACGAGGUCUGCAACCGGCGCAAGUGUCACAAGGCCCUGCGGCAGUUCUUUGACAAGGUGCCUGCCAAGCACAGCUACGGGAUGCUCUUCUGUUCCUGCCGGGACAUCGCGUGCACCGAGCGGAGGCGGCAGACCAUCGUGCCCGUGUGCUCCUACGAGGAGAGGGAGAAACCCAACUGCCUGACUUUGCAGGACUCGUGCAAGACCAAUUACAUCUGCAGAUCUCGCCUUGCGGAUUUUUUUACCAACUGCCAACCGGAGUCAAGGUCUGCCAGCAGCUGUCUAAAGGAAAACUACGCUGACUGCCUCCUUGCCUACUCAGGGCUUAUCGGUACAGUCAUGACCCCCAACUACAUAGACUCCAGUAGCCUCAGUGUGGCUCCAUGGUGUGACUGCAGCAACAGUGGGAAUGAUCUGGAAGAGUGCUUCAAAUUUUUGAAUUUCUUCAAGGACAACACUUGUCUUAAAAAUGCAAUUCAAGCCUUUGGCAAUGGCUCCGAUGUGACUGUGUGGCAGCCAGCCCUCCCAGUUCAGACCACCACUGCCACCACCACCACAGCCUUCCGGGUCAAGAACAAGCCCCUGGGGCCAGCAGGGUCUGAGAACGAAAUCCCCACUCACGUUUUACCACCUUGUGCAAAUUUGCAGGCACAGAAGCUGAAAUCCAAUGUGUCGGGCAGCACACACCUCUGUCUUUCUGAUCGUGAUUACGAAAAGAAUGGCCUCGCUGGUGCUUCCAGCCACAUAACCACAAAAUCAAUGGCUGCUCCUCCAACCUGUGGUCUGAGCCCGCUGCUGAUUCUGGUGGUAACCGCCCUGUCCACUUUAUUAUCUUUAUCUUUGGCAGAAACAUCGUAG